UGUGACUAGUAUAGUCCGUCCAUCAUUUGCUUUGGAGUCGAAUUGUUGACUGCAAACUAUUUGCGUGGAAUCUCCUCUCCCGUGAGCGAUGAGAAACCCACUGGCCGCGCGCCUCGUGCGUAUUCUUGCAUUGAGCGCCGCGUGGACUUCGUCAACUGAUCCGGGCUUAGCGUGUGAGAAAGACUGGCUCCCUUUCGGCUCCUGUUGCUACAAGAAGAUGGAGACCCCCAACGGUUGGCUGGGGGCUCGGCAUGACUGCAUCUGGGAGGGCGGCGACCUGGUCUCCAUCGCCUCGUCGGACGAGGAAGCCUUUGUGAAGAAGGAAAUGGGCAAGAACCGCUUCUGGAUCGGACUCUCCAAUCUGAAUUGCAACGAGGCUAGGUGUCAGUAUGACAAGGAGCAAAAGGAGCUGACUUGGUCCGAUGUCCGCGUGACGGCGAGCUACUCCAACUGGGACAACCGUCAGGUUGAAAGCUCCGAAGUCGAGUCCUGCGCGUUCGUCAACCAAGGCGAGACGACCGGGUCUCAGCUAGGGAAGUGGCGACACGGCUCGUGCGGAUCCUCGUUGCCAUACAUGUGCGAGCGCUCGCCGGACGACUGCCCGGAGGGCCGACAGUGUUCCUUAAAAGACUUUGGUUACGAUCGAGUGGAGACCUCCUCCUGCGACCCCGGCGAAUUACUGUUCAACGAUUCUUGCUAUCAUUUCUCUACGAAUACUCACUAUUGGAAGGAAGCUGAGGACUUCUGCAAGACACGCAACAGUCAUCUGCCCAGCGUCCACUCAGAGGACAAAGUCAAAUUCUUGUCAGGUGAGCGCCAAGACAAACCGACAAUUCCUCGAUCAUCCCGCAAUGCUCACCAGCAUCUUUGUAACUUGCGCUUGUUCUGCUUUUCUCAAGGUCACUUAAGAGACAAUUACUGUUCUUGGGUGGGACUCAGGAAUAGGAAGGACAAUUUUAAGUUCACUGACGGAACAUCUACCGCCGACGCCCCAGGAUUGCAAUUACUGGACAGUCUAAACUGCGUUGGUGUGGAUUCCAGUGAUGCAGUUCUUCAUACAUACAGCUGCACCAAUAACCCAUUUCUAGCCAUCUGCCAAAAAGGUCUGAAAGUCACGACGGCUCCCUUUGCCCUUUCACGCGCGCGCUCAUACUUGAUCCCUCUUGCAGCCAAGGUUCGAGAGGUUGUUACUGCUCAUUCGUCGUCAAUAUUCAGGCCAGGCUGGAGCAAAAAGUGCGGCCGGUGGAUGGGCAACCCAUCCAACGAUUUCUGCUACCUGAUGAGCCGCAACCAUGCCGUGACCUGGCAGAAGGCGCGAGACAAAUGCGUCGACCACGGAGGCGACCUGCUCAGCAUUGCGGACGACACUGAACAGAAUUUCAUACGAGGUAUGUACGGCGCUUUCGUGACCAGUCCCACUCUGUGGUUGGGCGCCAAUGCCUAUAUCACUGAAGGCAGCACUGAUGGAUCCCCGUUCACUUACAAAAACCUGACAGCAGAAAAUGCCGGUGACGCCACUGGCGGACGCUGCCUUUACUUUGUCACCCACAACGGUGGCUGGAAAUUUCACCAUUGCCAACGAAACAGCAGCUACAUCUGCAAGAGAAGAGGAAGAGUCGAUCAGAAGUCAUGUGAUAUGGCCGACGGCUGGCUCCCUUUCGGCUUCAGUUGCUACAAGAAGAUGGCGACCCCCAACGGUUGGCUGGGGGCUCGGCAAGACUGCGUCUGGGAGGGCGGCGACCUGGUCUCCAUCGCCUCGUCGGACGAGGAAGCCUUCGUGAAGGAGAAAAUGGGCAUCGACCCCUUCUGGAUCGGACUCUCCAAUCUGAAUUGCGACGAGGCUUGGUGUCGGUAUGACAAGGAGCAAAAGAAGAUGACUUGGUCCAAUGUCCGCGUGAUGCCGACCUACUCCAACUGGGACUCGCGUCAGGUUGGAAGCUCCGACGUAGAGUCCUGCGCAUACGUCAACCAAGGCGCGUGGACUGAGCCAGGAAAGUGGCGACACGGCUCGUGCAGAUCCUCGUUGGCGUUCAUGUGCGAGCGCUCCUUGCUCGAAUGCCCGGAGGGCCGGCCGUGUUCCUUGAAAGACUUUGGUUACCUUCGAGUGGAGACUUCCUCCUGCGACCCUGGCGAAUUCCUGUUUGACGAUUCUUGCUAUCGUUUCGAGGAGGCGAGGAAGGUGCAGAGGGCCGCCGAGAGGUUUUGCAAAGGACACAAAGGUCACCUGGCCAGCGUCCUCUCAGCGGAGGAAGGCAAUUUCUUGGCAGCUCACAUGCGAGAUGCAGGAAGAUCUCAGCCUUUUGUGGGACUGAAGAAGAAGAAAAACAACUUUGAGUGGAUUGACGGAAAAUCUUCAGACUACGUCACGAAGUUGGUGGGAAAAAAGUCUACAGGACUCAAAGAGUGCUUUGCUCUGUCAGCUUCUGGACAAUUUGAUGAGUGGUCCUGCGCUGAAAAGCUGCCAUCUAUCUGCAAAAAAGCCAAGGUCCAAGGGGCUCUCCCUGUUUUGCCGUCAUCAACAUGGGGACCAGGCUGGAGCAAAAAGUGCGGCUGGUGGAUGGACAACCCGUCCGACGACUUCUGCUACCUGAUCAACGGCAACCGUGCCAAGACCUGGCAGGAGGCGCGAGAUGACUGCGUCGGCCUCGGAGGCGACCUGCUCAGCAUCACCCACUCUGAUGAACAGACCUUCAUACAAGGUCUGUACGCCCGUUCUCUGAGCAGUCCCACUCUGUGGUUGGGCGCCAACGCCAAUAUCACUAACGGCAUCGAGUGGAUUGACGGAUCGAUGUCCACUUACACAAACCUGAACACAGGCAUCGCCGGAGAAGGCCCCGGUGGAAACUGCCUUUCCUUGCUCACUGCCGACGGCCGCUGGGCAAAAGCCGAUUGUGAGGAGAAGCGCAGCAGCUACAUCUGCAAGAGAAGAGGAAGAGCCAUUCCUAAAUCAGCAUGUGAGAAGGGGUGGAGUCUUCACCAGUCCAGUUGCUACAAGAAGAUGGAGACCCCCAACGGUUGGCUGGGGGCUCGGCACAACUGCUUCUGGGAGGGCGGCGACUUGGUCUCCAUCGCCUCGUCGGACGAGGAAGCCUUUGUGAAGAAGGAAAUGGGCAAGAACCCCUUCUGGAUCGGACUCUCCAAUCUGAAAUGCGACGAGGCUUGGUGUCGGUAUGAUAAGGAGCAAAAGGAGAUGACUUGGUCAGAUGUCCGCGUGAUGGCGAGCUACUCCAACUGGGACUCGCGUCAGGUUAGAAGCUCCGACGUAGAGUCCUGCGCGUACGUCAACCAAGGCUCGUGGACCGAGAGUCAGCCAGGAAAGUGGCGACAAGCCUCGUGCGGAUCCUCCUUGGCCUUCAUGUGCGAGCGCCCGAUGGACGACUGCCCAAAGGGCCGGCAGUGUUCCUUGAAAGACUUUGGUUACGAUCGAGUGGAGACUUCCUCCUGCGACCCCGGCGACUUCCUGUUCGACGAUUCCUGCUAUCAUUUUGAGUGGAUACGUAAGAAUUGGCACUCGGCUGAGAUAUUUUGCACAGAAAAAAAAAGUCACUUGGCCAGCGUCCACUCAGAGGACGAAAUCAAAUUCUUGGCUGCUCACGUGCGAGAUGAUAAAGGAUAUUGGCCUUUCAUGGGACUCAAGAAGAACAAAGACAAGAAAUUUUCCUGGAGCGACACAACGUCUGCAGACUACGUCACGCUGAGGGGAGAACAGUCUCCAGGACGCGGUGACUGCUUUGCUCUGUCAGCUUCUGGACAAUUUCAUCAGUGGCCCUGCACUGAAGAUCAGCCAUCUGUCUGCAAAAAAGCCAAAAUCCGAGAGGUUCGCCAUGAUGAGCCGCAAGCAGGCCGGAUCGAAAAAUGCGGCUCGUGGGUGGAGAACCUAUUGAAGGACAUCUGCUACCUGGUCAACCGCAACCAUGCCAAGACCUGGCAGGAGGCGCGAGACGACUGUGUCCGCCUCGGAGGCGACCUGCUCAGCAUCACUGACAACACGGAGCAGACCUACAUACUAGGUAGGCAUAUGGGCUCGAUCGGUACUGUUGGUUGA